AUGUCUGCCUCUCACUCGGUAUCCGAUGUUCUCAAUGACUUGGCAGCUCAGUUCUCUCAGCUAGGAACCACGGAAGAGAAAAUAACAGCCGUUCUCGCUCAGCUAAACAGUCUUUCCCCCGACAUACCAGCCAUUGGCCAUCUGCAUGCAGUCGAUGAUAAUGCACCAAACGUCGGAAACGAUUUUGCGGACGCGAUGGAGGCUGGCAUCCUCAGACUAAUUGAAGAACAUGGCCUAACGCAUGAUUUUCAAGAGAUGAUGAUGAGCGAGGCGCAGCGGCAAGUCUCGAACUACAAUGCGUCCUUAGAUAGGUCUCCUUGUGCAUAUGUUGAUCUGGAGAGUGGAUUCGGUUGUCCUAAUGAAGGUACUAUGCGCUGUGGUGGUUGUAAAUUAAAUCCUUAUUGCUCAAAGGCAAGUUUUGCAUCAUUAUAUACCCUGUGCUCUGAAGUCUCAGAACACUCUGUACAGGAGUGCCAAAAAAAGCACUGGCCUACGCACAGGGCAGACUGCAAGAAUCCAAUUCGAGAAGCAGACUGGAAGCCAAAAUGGGUCGUUGAGAAACGUCGUCCCGAAUUCAUCACCUCUGGAGGUGGGAUGCAGUCAGUAUACUAUGAUUCGACUGGCAGCAUCCUACAAAAUAUGAAUUUAUGGGGCAACAUUCCCGCUAUUGACAUUCUCAACCUACAUCACAAUGAGCAGAACAUCCGUAGUGACUUAGCAAUAGCUUUCAUAGCAUCUGGCGACCUGCGUGAUGUUAUUCGCACUAUCAACGAGCUACCCCCAGACUACCCGGGAGAACUCACUGUAGUGCUCAACGAUUCUAAUCCUAUGAUUGUCGCCCGUAAUCUUAUUAUACUUCUACUUUUGGGCAUGAUCGAAAACAAGCAUCAGGCCGCGGACAUCGCAGUCCACGUCUGGUAUUCUGCUUUCCUGCCGAACUUGUAUCACACGCAGAUACAGCUCGUAUUCCAGAAUAUUUUGUCUUCGUUCGACCACGCGAGUGGAUCGUUGUCGUGUCCUUUAUCCUCCAAGUCUCGUCUCGAGGGCUGCGUGGGUCGUGAGACGUUCUCUACCAUCGCGCAGUGCCUUAUAUCGGACGCUGCAUAUCAAGUUGGAGAUGCUCAGAAUGAACUCUCUCGUGCACGACUAUAUAAUACGAGUGAAGAUCGGCUUCACCGUCAGUAUUGGCCGCUCGAGCCAUCUCAUCGUCUGGCCUUCCACGAAUUUCGGACGUAUGGACUACUACUUCCAUUUGGCGCUGCGAAUGCGCACUUCAACUACCCCAACCGGCUGUUAUUUUCACCUACUGGCCAAUGGCUACAGCCAAAUAAAGUGAACCCGUUGGAUUCUUGGCAUAUUCCGUCAGUCAUUAAGGCAGGAAAAAAGCACGGUGCUCUCCCGAUGGACAUAUACGGCUGCAUGUAUUUCUACGUCUCAGACCAGCUGCGCGAACUUGCCAACCGUAUUUCCACUCUUCGCAUCACGUUCAAGAUGUUCAAAUUGGACGCAUGCGAUCUUGCGUCUGACUUGCGCUCUGGGACGCUGGCUCAACAUGGUCUUCCCGCUAGCAUCCGCUUCGAUCGGGUUGACGCGUCAAAUUUGAUGGACCCGCAUUAUUUGGGCAUCGCUCCCGUUCUCGGCGCGUGGGGUCCCCUGCUCAAACAAACGCGUCAUGCGACGCUUCUCGGUCACUUUAUGAACUGGGUGUCGCACCACCCCCGGGCAGUACCUGGUAUCCAAGACCUUCCGCGACUCAUUACAAAGUGCAGGGAGGGGAAAUUGAUUCCAGAGGCACCUCCAGGGAGCUCCAGGGAAGUUCGGGAAGAGUAUCUACAAAAAGCGACCACAUGUUACAAACAAGCAUACAACACCCUGUAUGACAACUCCACCGCCUUUAAAGAGUAUCUUAACAAGCAGGACAUCUCUUCUGUGCUCACCAAGUCCGGGCUCAAACUGAAGCACAAGCAUACGGUCGUCCCUCAUCGACUUGGAGGAUCACUGAAAACCCCCAGCGCACUACCCUCAUUCCCGGAUACGCACAACUGGUAUCUCAAUGUGAAAGUCAGCGAUCAUACGUGGUUGGAGCGUUAUAUGGAAGUUGCUCGAGUAUAA